GUGUAGCUUCAUCAACCCGACUGACAUUACCAACAAAAAGGCUAAAACAGCCUCGCCGUCGUCUCUACCCUCUCUCGACCAACGUGUGAUCCCCCACGUUGGGCUGACCGUGGCCAGAUCUCUUUUGAGACGACGGCCGACCCUCUAUAUCACCCCUUGCUCCCUGGGUUUCGCGCAACUUGAUUCAACUGGACUGGAUCAUACGAAACCCCACCGAAAGCACAAUGUCAACCACCGUCAUCGAUCGUUUCGUCUUUCCCUCUCAAGUCGUAGGAUGGUCAUCAGAGGAAACUUUGAUCCCUACUCCUCUCUCUACCUCUAAAGCUCCCACGUCGGAAGAUCUUCUCAAGGUUCUAGACCCAAAUGCUCAGAUGCCGUACUCUCCUCAGCAUUACCUUCCUACGCCACCGACCACGUCCCCUCUUUUGAGGAACAAAGAAGUCACGGAUCUCGACCCCAUUGCCGAUAUCAACAUUCAUGAAAUGAUUCAAUCUAUCAUUGCCGACAAGAUGGAAGACGAAGCCGCGUUCUUCGCCGCUGAUCUUUCGGCGGUUUAUCAAGCUGUUCAAAUGUGGCGUCAAUCACCAAUGGGUGAACGUGUUGAAAUUUUCUACGCUGUGAAAUGUAAUCCUUCACCACCCGUACUCCAUUUACUCUCUCUUCUUGGUCUUUCUUUCGAUUGCGCCUCGACUUCAGAAGUCACUCAAGUUUUAUCUUUACCUGUCAAACCGAACCCAAAAAGGAUCAUUUAUGCCAAUCCGUGUAAACCGGCUUCUCAUAUCCGAGCGGCACAAGCGCAAGGUGUAGAAAUGAUGACGUUCGACAAUGCCGAUGAGUUGUACAAGAUUAAACGUUUUUAUCCUCAGGCGAAACUGGUCUUACGAAUGCUUACCGAUGAUUCGAAAUCUCUUUGUCGUCUCGGUCUCAAAUAUGGUGCACCGCUUUCCACUUGUCCUGGACUUUUUGCGGUGGCUAAACAACUCGGCUUGAACGUCAUUGGGGUCAGUUUUCACGUCGGAAGUGGGUGUAAGGAUCCGAUGUUGUUCGCAGACGCUAUUUGGCGAGCACGAAAGGUCUUUGAUAUGGGUAAAUCCGCAGGAUACGACUUUACGUUACUCGAUGUGGGUGGUGGAUUCGAAAGGGCUACAUUUGCAGAGAUGAGUCAGGUGGUAAGGGAUAGUUUGGAUUUGUAUUUCCCUGUGGAAUUAGGUAUCAGGGUAAUUGCGGAACCUGGAAGAUUACUCGUUUCUUCCGCUUUCACUUUGGCUACUCAUAUCAUCGCUCGUCGACGCGCUAUCCCAUCUGGAAUCGCAAUGCCUUCUUCACCCAAGGAAGAUAUCUCGGAGGAAGAUCAAGGGAAUGAAGAAGGGACGGAUGUAAUGUAUUACAUUAACGAUGGAGUAUACGGAUCUUUCAAUUGUAUCAUGUUCGACCAUCAAAUCGUUCAUCCUUACCCUCUCUCUUUGGGUCAUUCCCCGACUUGGGCAGUACCAUCUUUCCCACCACCACCCAACGUGCACCUGCCUGUGGAUUUGAGUGUCAAGCUGGGAUACGUGGAGAAUGAAAAGGCUUCGGUUUGGGGUCCGACUUGUGACUCUAUUGAUUGUGUGAGAGAGACUGUAAAGUUGCCAAAAGGUUUGGAAGUGGGUGAUUGGUUAGGAUGGGGUGAGAUGGGGGCGUAUACUUUAUGUGCGGCGAGUACUUUCAACGGAUUCGACCGCUCCCCCGUACACUGGACGACGGGCGGUACGACUACCAACGCUCUGGCUGUUCGAGCUGUGCUCGACUCUUUCUGCGGUCCAGAAAGAUGACAUCGACGAUAGGCCCCCAAGAUGACCUAAAAAUCGCGACUUGACCAACAACUAAAAGCGACAAAGUCGCAGUCUAUCUUUGAUCUCUGAUGCCUUGGUAGGCUUUUGUGUAUAAAGUACACGAUGCAUAUGCAUAUGUUUGUCCUGUCUUCA